AUGUUUAGUAGCGGCAAACCAAAUUAUGAAAAACUUUCAGCUAAUUUACGUCUAGCUAUAAACAGAUUGAAAUUGUUAGAAAAGAAAAAAACAGAGAUAGCCAUAAAAUCGAGGAAGGAAAUAGCAGAUUUCAUUCGAAAUGGAAAAAUUGAGAGAGCCAGGAUAAGAGUUGAAAGCAUAAUCAGAGAAGAUUUAACGGUGGAAGCUAUGGAGAUGGUUGAAAUGUAUUGUGAUCUUCUUUUGUCCAGAAUGGCUCAAAUCAAAUCAACCAACAACCUAGACGACGGUAUUGAACAGCCAGUGGCCAACUUGCUAUGGGCCACAGCAAAAUUAUCAGAAGUUAGAGAGCUCAACGUCAUUUCAUCACAGUUGGAAAAAAAAUACGGAAAAACAUUCAAACAGGCAUGCUGUAGCGACCUUUUUGGAACAAUCAACAAAAGUUUAAUAAAAAAAUUAAGCGUUGAGCCACCUUCACGUUUGUUGGUAGAAAAAUAUUUGGAAGAAGUAGCAAGAUCGUACAAUGUUCCAUACACUCCG